GCACGUGAGAACGCAACCGGAUGACACUCCCGGCAACAGAGCUAAGGGCUCCUGCCGGGCAUAAAGUGAGUGCAAAAAGAAGACUCUCUCUCUCUCUCUUUUUAAAUUGUAAUUGAUUUUGCACUCUUGGGUGCCCCAUGCACACGUGCGUUUGAAGCUGGGAAGCCGUACACGGAAGCGUUUUGGGGGAAGAGGGAGAAGACUCCUGCCCACCCACGCGUCCGAGUUUUGCACCGUUUGCAGCCGGAGGACCCGCGCCCGGAGCGGGCAAAGGCACCCAGGGGACGCCAGACCCUCGUUUGGGAUCUGAAUCCGGCCAGGUCCUGCGUGCACGCUUCUCAAACGCGUGUCUUUCAUUUCGCCUCGAUUUGAAGGGGGAAGGCAAAGCCUUGAUGACAGCCAUGGCGUGGUGGCCCUUGCGCCUCCCCAGAGGUUUCCUGCUUCGGGUAAUAAAUGCAAGAAGAGUCUUGGGUUCCGACGUGAUUGUAGGAACGUGUUGCUCAGGGACAAGACGCCAGCCUUGCCGUUCGAGCCAAACGGCGGCUGCCGAGAGCCCGGCGGAAGAACAAAACUAUUACCCCCUCUACCCGGGCCACAUCCCCACCAGUCUUCUGCAGAAAAGCCUGCUGGCCGUGGGUUCGGCGUUCAUGGCUCUUUACGAUCCGUAUCGUCAUGAUAUGGUGGCCGUCCUCGGGGAAACGACGGGUUACUUAGCUCUGCAGAAGCUGCGGGAGCAGAUGAGAAAUGACCCCGAAGGAUACCGGAUCCUCCAAGAGCGGCCCCGGAUACGCCUCUCCACACUGGAUAUUGCUGGACUCCGGAUGCUUCCAGAAGGGACCUUUGGCCGGGAAUACGUUCGCUUUUUGGACGACAAUAGAGUUUCCCCGGACACGAGGGUAUCGGCCAGGUUUGUCGAUGACGAAGAGCUGGCCUAUGUCAUCCAGCGUUACCGAGAAGUCCAUGACUUGAUGCACACCCUCCUGGGUAUGCCCACCAACAUGCUCGGGGAGAUUGCAGUGAAGUGGUUCGAGGCUGUCCAGACUGGCCUGCCCAUGUGCAUUCUGGGAGCAAUGUUUGGCCCCGUCCGUCUGAACACCCGGAAACUGCGGAUCCUGACUACGGAGCUGAUCCCGUGGGCCAUUAGGAGCGGACGCAGCGCCAACUCCAUCCUGAACGUCUAUUACGAGGAGCGCUGGGAGCAGACAGUGGAGUCCCUUCGUAACGAAAUCGGCAUCCUGCCACCCCCAGAGGUACAAGUCCAGGGCCGUGCUGGACAGGAGAAGACCGGCCUCCUUUGAUGGACCCAGGAGCCGUUAGAGGAACCGAAGAGAUUAAACUUGUGGCAGUGAAACACAGCUUGCGGUGGAUCGCCCACGAUCGUCUCUGUCUGAUCUAACCGAAAGUUUUCUUGAGCCAUCAGCAAUGUGUGAAUGUGUUCCCGGUAUUAUUAUUUUUUUGAACGGUCACUAAAAUUUGGGCGAGGGGGCUUUUUCUAUUUAAAAAGGAGCUUUUCAAAAAGAAAAAAAUAUUUGAGGCUAGUUGAGGUGCAGGAGAAGGUGCAGGUGGUGGUUGGAUGAUUGUCUGCCCGUCCCUUAGAUCCAUGCCUCUGUUGAGACCAGCGCUAAUAAGCGAGGAGCAUCAGUGGCCUCCCUGCCCAACGACGGCUUUAGACGUUGGGCAACAUCGUCAGCCGCAAAUAGAAGCUUGCUUUUCUCAUCCUCAAGAAGUCACGGAGUCAGGCACCACGAGGACAACAUGUGUAAACUCUGGACGGUGAAUGAAAACAUGUUUUAUUAUUCCACGGAGAAGAGCCAGAAGGCUUCCCUUUGACUGACUUGCUCAGCAAAAACAACAACAAAAAAUCAAGUCCAUAGUCCUCAUGGCUACCAGGGAAUUUUGAGGUGGCCCUGAGCCGUGUUUUCUCCACUCCCAAAAGCUCAAAAGAGAACAGCGUCUGUUGUGAGCCGCCCAGAGUAGACAAUGUCUAGAUGGGCGGCAUAUAAGUGCAAUAAAUAAAUAAAUAUGUUAAAAAAACAGAUGGGUUACCUGAAUAAAUGCCUAGCAUAGUUAUUAAAGAUGUUUUUUAAGCUGCCCAUUGUCCUAAAAUUUUAGGGUGGUGUGCAGAAUUCAGAGAAGUCAAAGUUAAGGCCCAACACCAUGAAAUUAAACCACGCGACACCCCAGUAACCAUAAGGAGUAGAAGAGAAGGAAAUGAAGCUGAACUCUUCUCUCGACUGCCUUCCUUUCCUACACACCUCUUUUACCUGACAGGGCUUUGUAUUCCUCACGACGAGCAAAUCUUGAAAGAAAGCAGGGAAAUGCAAGUAAAUCUUGCGGGUUGUGAGGGAAUUUAUGCCAAGUGCUCUUGGGUACAGUGAGCGCUUAUACCCAUUUAGGUUGCUUGCUUUCGGCAAUUGAUUUUGCAAUGCAGAGGCACCCUAGAGAAGGGUGCUGAUGUAGCAUUUGAGUCAUGCCUCUAUAAGCAGAAUUUUGCCCAGCCCGUGGUUACGUUUGUAGGGCAAGCGUGCCAGAAGGAAAGGAGCGGAUCCAGGACGGUGGUGCUUUUUAUACCUGCUCUUGAAUUGGGUCCCUGCCCACGACGUCUGGGCGGCAGUAUUUUCCUUUCUGUAUCCCCCAGUCCGGAAAUGCCAGCUCAGUGGCGUACGAUGCUUUUCUGCAAAUCAGCUCCGCAAAUACGGGUCGGACCAGUUCCCUGCCCCAGUUUAGCUUUUAAUUGAGAUUGCAAAACUUAAUUAAAUCACUGUUGUCACUGUGCUUAUCUUAAACUUUAGCUAAAGUGGUCAGAGGCUAUACUUAUUUUGUUAUGAUGAGUUCUGUGUUAUUUUUCCCUCUUGUGCUAUAUUCCCGUCUCUGCCUGGCAGUCCGAGGGAAUAUCUCCCACGCGAGACGAAACAGACUCCGAGCCCCGAAAGCCGGUGUCAGGACAGAAGCCAUCUUUACAAAAGUGCAGCUCAAGAAGUGUGUUCUCUGAAAGGUGUGAUGAAACCCCCCUGUUUUUUUGGGGGGGGGGCUGGGGCAGAUAAACAUGGAUAUAAAGUCCAGAAGUGAAAAUUUAUUCUUUGUGUUCUAUCACAGUUUAGGGGUACCUUUACGACAGAAUUGGAGACACGGUUGGGAA